AUAUCGCUAUGUCCCGUUACUUUCUGCGAACCAUUUCUAUACAUCUUGUUCUAAGAAAUGGUACACCUUCAAAUGUCAUACCGGAAUGUUAAAUAAAAAACAAUCAUCGGGAAAACAUAACAAAUAUCCACCACAACAUUGUGUAAUUUUGAUCAAUUCGUAGUCAAAAACAGUUAAAAUUAGGUUUUAUAAUGGCACAAAUGAUAGCGGUCCGUAGAUUAGCAUGUUUCCUACAAAGGACACAUCGUUGUAAGCUUCUGCCGGUAUCAGCAAAUAUCUCGCACAGUGUUUCGGAUAGGAAACAGGAAAAUCCUAAAGAGGAAAUCAAUAACGAACCCAUCAAAUACUUCGGAAGCCAAGCAUCUCGCUGGACGGCCCAGCGAAGCCGGGAGGGUCCCAAAGGCCAAGACAUUCCUUGGUAUCAACCGUACGUGGUAAACUUUAGUGUAGCAAUAUUUCUGAUUUAUUUUUGCAUUCUACGAGAAGAAAACGACAUUGACGAAGGUUUAGGACGAUCACUUUUCGAACAUGUGCCCGGUUUGGAGGAGAAGCAGCUAAUAGUCAGUUAUCAUUACAAUAAGGAAAAUGGCCUAUCAACGACUGAUAUUGAGAGCAGGAUGAAAGAGUUGGGAAUGAACUUUGAAAGUGCUAAUUAGAUGGUGCUGUCGAUUUAAGUGGAUUCGUUGUUGUGUAUCAUAAUCUAGCCUGUAGCGCAUUUCAGUAAAAUAAAAA